AAAAAAAACCGUUAUGAGUAUGGUUUUACUAGUUUACUAAUAUCGAAUACUUACAAUCGAUUGGUUUGGCUACACUGUGCACACAUGUGCGCUGGAACAAACUUCGUAGUUGGGUAACAUUUAAGUUGGACAAAACAUUAAAACAAAGAGAUGUCAGUGCGUGCGAUGGGAGUACUGGGCCAGGCGUGCCGCCUCGGCCGCUGUGCCCAAGUGUUGAGGCAGAGCCACCGAUCCGCCCCAGCAGCGUUCAAUAUCGCCCUUGGAUCGCAGCAUUCGCCGGGUGCUCUCUCGCUCCGUCGCUACUCCACUGAGACUAAGCAGGCAUCGGGGACAGUGGUGGACAAGCAUGAGUUCCAGGCAGAGACGCGCCAGCUACUGGACAUUGUGGCUCGUUCCUUAUACUCCGACCACGAGGUCUUUGUGCGCGAGCUUAUUUCGAAUGCAAGCGAUGCGCUGGAGAAAUUUCGGUACACCUCGUUGAGUGCUGGAGGCGAGAAUCUGGCUGGAAAGGACCGGCCUCUGGAGAUUCGUAUCACCACCGACAAGCCACUGAUGCAGCUAAUCAUCCAGGACACGGGCAUCGGCAUGACCAAGGAGGAGCUGGUCAGUAACCUGGGCACUAUCGCACGCAGCGGAUCAAAGAAGUUCCUGGAGCAGAUGAAGGAGACCCAGCAGGGAGCCAGCUCGGAGGCAUCCUCGAACAUUAUUGGUCAGUUCGGCGUGGGCUUUUACUCUUCCUUCAUUGUCGCCAACAAGGUAGAGGUGUUCACGAGGGCGGCUGUGCCUGAUGCUCCCGGACUGCGUUGGUCCACGGAUGGCAGUGGAACCUACGAGAUCGAGGAGGUGCCUGACGUUGAGUUGGGAACGCGAAUCGUGCUUCAUUUAAAGACCGAUUGCCGUGAAUAUGCGGACGAAGAGAGGAUCAAGGCGGUGAUCAAGAAAUACAGCAACUUUGUUGGCUCACCCAUCUUGCUAAACGGAAAGCAGGCCAAUGAGAUCAAGCCUCUGUGGCUUCUUGAGCCUCAAAGCAUCAGCAAGGAGCAGCACCAUGACUUCUAUCGGUUCAUUAGCAAUAGCUUUGAUGUCCCGCGCUUCACCCUACACUACAAUGCUGACGUACCCUUGAGCAUCCAUGCGCUGCUCUAUUUCCCCGAGGGAAAGCCUGGUUUGUUCGAGAUGUCUCGGGACGGAAACACCGGUGUGGCUCUCUACACCCGCAAGGUGCUUAUUCAGUCCAAGACAGAGCAUCUGCUGCCCAAGUGGCUGCGCUUUGUAAAGGGUGUUGUCGACUCUGAGGACAUUCCACUCAACCUGAGUCGCGAGCUGCUCCAGAACAGCAGCCUGAUUCGCAAACUGUCCAGUGUGAUUUCCACCCGCGUGAUCCGUUUCCUGCAAGAGCGCUCCAAGAAGCAGCCAGAGGAGUACGAGGCCUUCUACCGCGACUAUGGGCUCUUCCUGAAGGAGGGAAUUGUAACCUCCAGCGACGCCUCCGAAAAAGAAGAAAUCGCUAAACUUCUGCGUUUUGAAUCCUCCAAGUCGGAGACCGCCAGUGGGCGCAUGUCGCUGGAGGAGUACUACAACGCCGUUCCCGCAGAACAGCAGAAUAUUUACUACUUAGCAGCACCCAACCGCGUUCUUGCCGAGUCCUCGCCCUACUACGAGAGUCUGAAGAAGCGCAACGAGCUGGUGCUCUUCUGUUACGAACCCUAUGAUGAGCUGGUGCUCAUGCAGCUGGGCAAGUUCAAAAGAAAAAAACUCGUAUCCGUGGAGAAGGAGAUGCGCGAAGAGUCUAAGGAGACAACAACGACCGCCGACUUUGGCGAGGGAAGUCUGCUGCGCUCAGAGCUCGACGCUUUGAUUCCUUGGUUGGAGGAGGAGCUCAAGGGGCAGGUUAUUAAAGUAAAAGCCACCACUCGUCUAGACACCCAUCCCUGUGUAAUCACUGUGGAGGAAAUGGCAGCCGCUCGCCACUUUAUUCGCACCCAGAGUCACCAGGUCCCAGAACAGAAUCGAUUUGCCCUGCUUCAACCAGAACUGGAGAUAAACCCAAAGCACCCCAUCAUCAAGAAGCUUAACAAGCUCCGUGAGAGCGACAAGGAUCUGGCCCAACUUAUCGCCAAGCAGCUCUUCGCAAACGCAAUGGUGGGCGCCGGUUUGGCUGAGGAUCCCCGCAUGCUGCUAACCAACAUGAAUACUCUGCUUUCGCGGGCCCUGGAGAAAUACUAGAGUGCGCCGUAAAAGGAACAGUGUAGAUCUACCGACUAUGUAAUAUUAAUUUCUAUAAUUAAUUUGAUAAAACGUGUUGAAAUAGUUUUAAAUAUGUAUAAUUAAACGUUUUAAAUAUUUUAAUUCCAGAAAUGAAGAGGAAUAUAUUUUUUUCGGGUUUUAUUUCAACUUAGUGUGCACAAAAAUGGCAUUUAAUACAAAGUGUUUUUGCAUAAACGUAUUCUUUGUUGGAAAGCUCCAUAGAAACCGCUAUUUCUAAAAUAGUGUAAAUAAAAUAAGAAAUUGUUACAUUAUACUUAAAAAACAAACAUUUUGUGAGCUAUUUUGAUAAAAGGUAAACCUUUCUUGGGCCCCAUUUAGUUCGAGCAAUUGAAUUUUUCUAUGGUACAAAUAGAUAUUUUCCGUACAAGUUCAUGGAAAAAUUGACCAAGCUAUCAGAAAUAUAAAAUAUUAAUUUUGAUUUGCUUAUUCUUUUCAAUUUCGUGGAUCCUUUCGGUGUUCGGUGUGAAAGCAAUGGUUCAAUUGUAUUGGCUCUAGUGGGAACAUUGUUAGUGCAUUUUGUCUUCCACCACGUGGCAACGCUGGCUCAAACUAUCGCCGAAAAUCCGCCCCCGUGACUAACGUUUAUAAAAGCAAAGCAAAAUAACUCGUUGGUGUUCAGUAUCCGAUCCGCGCUUUUAAGCAGCAGCCAGCAGUAACCCGAAGAGGCCACAGAGCAGCGAAUUGCUUUUAAUUAGAUUUCUAAUCAC